CGCUCAUCUCUCUCUGCAGCCGGGAGAGUCGGUCAUGGCAGCAGACGCAGGGAUGGCUCCGCGACCGCUACACCAGGCACUCCUGGGCCCGGGCAGCAGACCAGUCAGCCCUCUGCCUCCUGGGCGACCUCCGGCGGGCGGCCGGGGCCGGGAUGCAGGGCACGCGGACAGAAACGAGACAGACAGCUCAGGCCGGGCAGCAGACAGGCUCCCGCGCCUUCCGCUACUGCCGCACGCGCCGCCCGCGCGCACCCUACCCUUUCUCCGCCACCUAGGCCCUGAUUGGGCGCGACCUGGGCUCCUGGGUGCUCAUUGGCGCCACCAAGUGCUCGUCACCGCCCCCUCCCGCCCCUUCAUGCUAGCGGGGAGGCCGCCUGCUAGCAAGCUAGGUGGCCUGGCGGCGAGAGCCGUCAAGGGCGCCUUGGAGAGUGACCCCCGGACCCCGCUGUCGCCGCCGCCAUCUUCCGGCCGUCCCAGCCCCGCCCCGCGGAGAAACCCGGCCAGGGCCUCAGCCAACGCCACUAUCUGAGGGCUUCCUGAGUG